AUGACCGAAACAACCACCACCGCGCUCGUCCUCCACGGCGCAAAGGAUCUCCGCCUGGAACAACGCACAAUCUCCUCCCCAGCAGACUCAGAAGUCCAAGUCUCCGUCCGCGCAACCGGCCUCUGCGGCUCAGACCUCCACUACUACAGCCACGGCCGCAAUGGCGACUUCGUCGUCCGCAGCCCAAUGUGUCUCGGCCACGAAUCUGCCGGCAUAGUAACAGCCGCCGGUAGCGCCGUCUCAAAGUUCAAGGUCGGCGACCGCGUCGCCCUCGAAGUCGGUCUUCCCUGCCGCUCCUGCGCCCUCUGCAAACAAGGCCGCUACAACAUCUGCAAAGCCAUGCAGUUCCGCAGCUCCGCAAAGCAAUUCCCCCAUCUAGACGGUACCCUCAUGGAGCGCACAAACCACCCCGCAGACAUGUGCCACGCUCUUCCAGACAGUGUCUCCGAUGCCGGCGGUGCCCUCGUCGAGCCUCUAGCCGUGACUCUGCACGCCGUGCGUCGCUCACACCCACCCUCUAAGGAGGAAGUCGCGGCGAACCGCGCCGCCGGCGAAGAGACCGCAGCACUGGUUUUCGGAGCCGGAGCAAUCGGCCUCCUGCUCGCUGGCGCCCUCGCUACUAGCGAGAACUUCUCCAAGAUCGUCGUUGCGGACAUUGAUGCGCGUCGACUUGCGAUCGCAGAGUCAAUGGGUCUUGGUCUGAAGACCAUUCUCAUUCCUAGGGCUGAGACGCCUCCUCCUGCGAAGGAUGCGCCUCAUGCUGAGCAGACGGCGUAUGCGCUUGAGAAUGCGCAGCGCGUCGCGGGUGUUCUAACUGAGGCUGCUGCUUCUACGGAUGGGCUUGUGAACCCGGGUUUCAGUCGUGUCUAUGACUGCACGGGUGUGCCGGCUUGUGUGCAGGCGGGUAUUUAUGCUAGUGCGCCUGGCGGUGUGCUGGUGCAGAUUGGCAUGGGUAAUCCCAUUCAGACGCUACCUGUUGGCGCGGCGGCGCUGAGGGAGGUUGAUAUCAUUGGUGUCUUCCGGUAUGAUGGGUAUGCGUACCCUGCGGCUAUUGCGUUGCUGGCUAGUGGGAAGAUGAAGAGUGUUGAGGAGAAGGUUGUUACGCAUAGACUGAAGCUUGAGGAGGGAGAGCGGGCGUUCACGCUUGCUGGAAAGGGUGUUGAUGAGGAAGGAAACCCCGUUGUCAAGGUUAUUAUUGAGAACAGACGGGGGUCGAAUGGUUCUUUGUAG